AUGGAACAGUUUUAUAAUGAAGCAACCAAAUAUUGUGAGGAGGAAGAGGAAUGUCGGUCACCUGAAGAAGGACUGGGGCCGACAGAAAACUCUUACGAUCUGACAGAAUUUAUUUUUGAAAAUGAGUCACAUGUGCCUGAUUUUACGUUCCCUGGCAAUCAGAAUAACGGACAUUCUUUGAUCAAUGGAUUUGACAUACAAUCUGAAUCAAAUAAUGUUGGGAAUUUACAAGUUUACUCCCCGGUGGCGGCAACAAACUUUACUCAACUAAAACUCGAAAAAAUUGACCUAGCUUCAAUCACACAGACAUCGCUGGCAGCUGGUAGUGAAGCUACAUUAGUAGACGUAAAACCUAACUCCAAAAUUAAUUCUCGUCGCCGAAAGAUGUCCAAUCCCGAUUCAACUGAUGUACCAGACUAUCGCAACAAACGUGAUCGUAACAACAUUGCUGUACGAAAAAGCAGAGAGAAAGCUAAAGAACAACAGAAAAUGGCCAAGGAGCGUGUUGACUACCUGAGGAAGGAGAAUAAACUUUUGGAAAGCAAAGUAGCUCAACUUCAAUCAGAGCUUAAAUUAUGUCGAAAUAUGUUUAUCAAGUCUGGAGCGCAAGUCCCUGAGGUCCUUGAAAAGGCUCUCAAAGAUAUGUAA